CGUGCCCCUGCUCGGGUGAUCUGGCGCAGAACCCGGGAGGUGCUUGGCGUCCGUCCGACUCCUCCCUGUUUCUUGCGGGCCCUUGAGGUUGACGUCUUUUUCUUUUGGCUUCUCCGCAGUAUGUGGAUGACUCCCAAAAGAAUUAAGAUGGAAGUCGACGAAGCCCUCGUUUUCCGGCCCGAGUGGACCCAGCGUUAUCUGGUCGUGGAGCCUCCCGAGGGCGACGGGGCCCUGUGUCUGGUAUGUCGCCGCCUGGUCGCUUCUACCCGCGAACGCGAUGUCCGGCGUCACUACGAGGCCGAACACGAAUUCUACGAGCGCUUCGUCGGGGAGGAGGAGCGCGCGGCCCUGGUGGAGCGGCUGCGCCAGGGAGACCUGUCGCUGGCUUCGGUGCUGACGCCGGAGGAGCGGGCGACGCGCGCGGGCCUCGGGCUCUGCCGCUUCUUGGCCCUGAAGGGUCGCGGCUGGGCCGAGGGCGACUUCGUCCACCAGUGCAUGGAGGUGUUGCUGCGCGAGGUGCUGCCGGACCACGUGGGCGUGCUGGAAGGCAUCGAUCUGUCCCCGGAGAUCACCAGGCAGAGGAUCCUGAGCAUCGACACCAACCUACGCAGCCAGCUGUACAGCCGAGCCCGGGACUUUAAAGCCUACUCGCUCGCCUUGGACGACCAGGCGUUCGUGGCCUACGAGAACUACCUGCUGGUGUACGUCCGCGGCGUGGGCCGAGACCUGGAGGUGCAGGAAGACCUGCUGACCAUCAUCAACCUGACUCAUCACUUCAGCGUCGGGGCCCUCAUGUCGGCCAUCCUGGAGGCCCUGCAGACGGCCGGCCUCAGCCUGCAGCGGAUGGUGGGGCUGACCACGACGCACACGCUGCGGAUGAUCGGCGAGAACUCGGGGCUGGUGUCGUACAUGCGGGAGAAGGCGGUCAGCCCCAACUGCUGGAACGUCAUCCACUACUCGGGCUUCCUGCACCUGGAGCUGCUGAGCUCGUACGACGUGGACAUCAACCAGAUCGUCAACACCAUCUCCGAGUGGGUGGUGAUGAUCAAGACGCGGGGCGUGCGGCGGCCCGAGUUCCAGCCGCUGCUCACCGAGUCCGAGUCGGAGCACGGCGAGCGCGUCAACGGGCGCUGCCUGAACAACUGGCUGCGCCGGGGCAAGACGCUGAAGCUCAUCUUCGCGCUCCGGAAGGAGAUCGAGGCGUUCUUGGUGUCGGUGGGCGCCACCACGGUGCACUUCACGGACAAGCAGUGGCUCUGUGACUUCGGCUUCCUGGUGGACGUCAUGGACUACCUGAGGGAGCUCAGCGAGGACCUGCAGAUCACCAAGGUCUUCGCGGCCGCCGCCUUUGAGCGGAUCUGCGCCUUUGAGGGCAAGCUGAAUGUGCUCCAGAGACACAUGGAGGAAGGCAACCUGUCGGAGUUUCCCGCCUUCAGCCAGAUCGUCGACGAGCUCAAGCAGCUGCAUAAGGAAGACCAGAAGAUAUUUGACCCCGACAGGUAUCAGGUGGUGAUCACUCGGCUCCAGAAGGAUUUUGAGAGACAUUUUAAGGACCUCCGGUUCAUCAAAAAGGACUUGGAACUUUUCUCAAAUCCAUUCAGCUUUAAACCUGAAUACGCGCCCAUUUCAGUGAGGGUGGAGCUCACGAAACUCCAGGCAAACACUGAGCUUUGGAAUGAGUACAGAAGCAAAGACUUGGGACAGUUUUAUGCUGGACUGUCUGGUGAAUCCUACCCAAUUAUCAAGGGGGUUGCCUACAAGGUGGCAUCCCUGUUUGAUAGUAACCAGAUCUGCGAGAAGGCUUUUUCAUAUUUGACUCGCAAUCAACAUACUUUGAGCCAGCCACUGACGGAUGAGCACCUCCAAGCCCUAUUUCGUGUUGCCACAACUGAAAUGGAUCCCCGUUGGGAUGAUCUUGUGAGAGAAAGAAAUGAUUCAUAAGCUUUUGUGGUACAACACUGAAGCAAGAAUUCAGUUUUGUUUUGUUUUUCAAAGUUGGUUUGAUUUUUUUUUUUCAAGCUUACUAAUUUUGGAUUGUUGGAAAGCAUUGAGUUUAUUACAGGAUGUCCAAAUUGAUCACAAUUCAUAUCUUUCUAACAGUUGCCUUUUUACCAUCUCAUUUGGCAACAGGGGACUGAAACAGAAAUACCACUUUUAAAAGACUUGGUUUAAUGAGAAAGGCAUUGUAUUUUAUUUUUAUGAUAUAACUGAUUUUCAACAAGUUUAGUAUUGAUAAUGUGAGUUGAAUUAGAAGUCUGGUUUUAAGAUGUUCUGAAGAUAUAUGCCAAAAAAUUCUAGCUCUGAUUUUAACAAAGUGUAAAAAUUUUGAUGCAGUUUGAAAUUACCAAAUUCCCAAAUAUGUAUUGGAGUCAAUUUGCAGAAACACACAGCAAGUUCAUAAGCUUCUGAAAGGAACAUCAUAUAUACACAAUGGAGGUAUUUUGUCUAACAAAAUGAGACUUUUUAAAAAUAAUUCUGAGUUUGAAGUUAAAUAUUGGCAGAUUUCCUUCUUCCUCCCACUCACCCAGUGAUAGUGAUAUUACAAAUGGUAGAAAUAAUCAAAAUUUCAGUCAGAAGCAAGAACCAUUUUUUAAGUUUCUGAUUUAGGAGGCUUCCCACAAUUUGGAAAUGAGAAUAACCAAUCACAGGGUUUUCUCAUGAAUUUUCACAACUGGGGGCUGUUUUAUCAGCUUGUCUAUCAAAGGACUAUGGUAAGUAUAGAAUGUUAACCAUUGCCAGUUAGUAAUUAUUUUUUCUACUCUAGACAUAGCUUUGGCCCUAUCAAAAGGGUGAGGAAAAAAAGACUUUUACACUUUGGGAUCGGGGGUUGUUAGAUAUUUUAGCGUAUUUGUCUUAUCUGCAUGGGUUAAUGUUUUGUAAAGAAAUUCUGGUUAAAAGAAACGCUUUAUUUUAAAAUGACUUGUCAGAUUUCGAAAGCUGCUGGAAGUGGAUUUAUUCUAGAACUACCCUUUACAUUCAGUAGUUAAGACAGUGCACAAGUAGAAAUAUUUAAAUUUCAAGGAGCAGCCUUAAUUCACGGAUUGUACUAAUUCCAUAUUUCUAGUGAGGCAUUGGUUUGUAGUAUAACAGUUACCAGACAGGUUACAUGUGAAACCUCAAGCUUAGCAGUAAAGGCCAUAAAACUGGCUUAAAAACAGUGCCUGUCUUGUAACUCAGAUUCUCAAGUGUAGUCUGACAACUGUUGUACUACUAAGUCCUGUCUUGAGUAUUGCAGCACAUUAUUCUAUUGUCGCUAAUCAAGCCAGUUCAAGGAACCAAUUACAACCAAGAAUUUAGAAGGAACUGGUACCUAAGCAAUCUGAACAGAAGCCACAAGAGACUGAGAACUAGUAGUGACCCUUCCAGAGGAUGCUGGGAAAUGUGUAAGGCACCUUUGUGGUUGUCAUAUUUAUUGGAGGGUUCUGCUGGCAUUUCCUCCUGCAGUGCACAAGGACAGCCUGGCACUUUAAAGAAUUACCCCUUCCAAAGUGCCAGCAGAUCACCGCCCCCAUAUAUGUUUAUCUUAUUUCAAGGGACAGGGAAAAUUACCGGUAGAAACUGAUGGUAUACUCGAUGGAUCAUCCUAAUUCCAGCAUUCCAAGUCCGGCUGGAAGGGCACUGAUAAGUUUCUGGAGUUUACAAUAGCAUUUAUUAAUCAUUAAUUUCAAGGUUCAAAGAGCUCUGUCCUACUAAACAUAUUUAAUUCAGAGCAAAAACAAACAAACAAACAAGCAUUACAUAUUGACAUCAUUAUGUUGCCAUUUUGAUGAUCAAAGAAUAAGCCAAAAUAACCUGUAAAAAACAAAACAGUAAAAAAAGAAAGAAAAAAUAAUGUACCGGUAAUUUCCCAAUAGCUUUGUAUAUUGCCUUUCACAACAAAUGCUUUUAUUCUUGAAAGAUUGAAAGACCUGAAAGCUCUGCUUUCUAAUCCCAGUUCCCUAAAUAUUGAAAUGUUGUACACUUUUAUCAAGUUCUUGUGUGUUUUGCUUAAGGUGAUAAUAAGAUUAGUUUGCAUCAUAUAGCCACUUUAUAGAGGGGAGAUGUAAGCCAAGGAUUUUUUUUUUUAUUGGCCCUCUGCAAUAGAGAAUUUGCUGUAACUAGUCUUGUGGGGGUUUUUUUUGUUGUUGUUUUUUAAAGUGUGUUUUACUGUUUUCUGUACUAAAUAACUGUAGCUGCAUGGCAGUCUUUUCUUUGUGUUUUUUAAAAAUAAAUAGUUGUUACUGGUCCUGUGGUAUCAGUGAAUAUAGUUAAAAUAAGUGCCAUUUAAAAAAAAUAACAAAAAAAAAUUGUCCUUACCAGUUCAAGCUCAGUAAGUCUUUGUCAAUCUUCUUUCCCACCUUGGAAUACUUGAUUACCUUAGCUUUGAGGAGAUUCCAGCUCUCAUCUUUGCAAGCACCUCUUACCUAUAUACAGGAUUAUUGUGUUUUGUUCUCCCCCUCCCCUCACUGCCUAAUCUCCCUUGCCUUAUUACCUCCGUUCCCUUGCCUCCCUGGCCGGUUUCUUCUGUGAUUUCACCUGUUUGCAGAUGCUGCAAAUUCUUACCCUCCUUUUUUCCUCACUCCUAAUUGCUAACAUGAAUCCACUUUGCUCCCUCACAGGCCUCACCACACAUUAUUGAUGUUAACCCAGACCUGCACUUCUUCUUGUUUUCCAUUUCUUCAGUGGCUGGCACUGCCAUUGCCAGCCAUCCAGUUAUCCUUCCCCGAGCCAGAAACAGACUGGGUAGUCAUGUUGCUCCAUUGCUUUCACCCUUGCUCUUAGAAUACAAUGCAGACUUCUGUUCAUCUUUCAGAGCUCUCUGAUUUAUAUGCUACUCCAUCUAGGAAGCUUCAGUGAUGCCCUCUGGGCCAGCUGCCCUGACUGCCCAUGCCGAACACACUUCUCUCCCAGUCGUCACUUAGCACUUGUGACUGCUUAUUGAUCAUUGCUAGACUGUCAGCUCUAGAAGGGCAGGGACCACUUAAGUCUUGCUCAGUGUUCUAGCUCUAAUGCUUAGCGUGAUGCCUAACAUUUCCACAAAUGUUUGGGCAAAUAAAUACUUGUGUAGUAUGAUAUAGUCACAGAAGCUUUCACAGUCUCAUUUGAGCUUCACAGUCACCCUGCCUUUUCACUGAAUAGUUACUGCAAAUUAUUAUAUAUUGCAAAUUAAGAAAUGAAGCUUCUCUUAUUUGUGACUAGGGACUUCAUUGUUGUGUUUCCAGAAUUUAGUGCAGUGCUUAGCAUGUGGUUCAAAUAUAUGAAUGUUGUUUAAAAAAAACAAACCAAGAGUGUAAUUUUCCCUAGUAAUAUAAUGAGUAGUAAAGUCAGGAUUUAAACCUAGGUGUACUCACAUAAGUCCACCAUGUAAUAUUAAGUACAUCCAUAGCAUAUAGUCUUAAGUCUUUUUUUUUUUCAUUUCCAAAGGAACCUGUAUGUCGAGAGAAAAAAUAUAAGACAAUACUUAGAUUGAUUAAGUUAAUACUUUAGUAAUUAAAAAUUAAGUUUCUUUAUCGGAGAAAGAUAAUGUCACUUAAGAGUUAACAUCCGUUUUUCCUUUUGUAGGCAUCAACCCUAGGAGAAAAUGGCAUGCUAUUUACUUGUUACUUUCCUUUACAGAUGAUUUCUGGCUCUUCUGGAAUUUAAAAAUGGAUUUUGAUAGAUGCCUGUGAAUGCACCAUCCAGAUGAAGGUUGAAACUAUUCCUGUGACCCAGUAGGUGCCCUCAUGCCACUCUCACAAAGAGAAAAUUGCUGGUCUGACUUUUUUCGCCAUCAUUUAGUUUUGCCUGUUUUAAAACUACAUGAAGUGGAAUAAUUGUAUGCACUCUUUUGUAUCUUUGGUCUAAAUGUCUGCUGGAAGAAUCCAUGUUGUGGGUUGUAGCAGUUCAUUUUUUACUUCUGUGUCAUUGUCUGUUCAUAGUAUGAUUAUACCCCUGUUAUCCAUUCAGUGUUGAUGAAUAUUUGGAUUGUUGCCAGUUUGUGGUCAUUAUGAAUAAAGUUGCUAUGAAAAUUUU